UCUUAUACACCACACUCUUCUAGAGCUCCUCCUCCUCCUAGGUAUCAAAAUCAAACCGUCAAUUUUCUUUCACCCAAUGCUGAUAAUAUCUUCAAAACCCUAACUAAACCCUUCCCCACCCCACUCACCUCUCUUUUUAUUCCACAAAUUUUCUCUCAUUUUCCUCUGUUUCCUUUUUCUCCAAGUUUUUAGUAUCCCUUUUCCUGAAUUCUUUGUUUGAGUAUGGAGUUAGAGAAUCUCUGCUCCCACGUCGUCGUUUCGGAUGGCCUUCUCUCUGCUGCGGUGGAUGCUAUGGUAGUGGAGACGGUCACUGCUGCUGCCAAGUCUGUUACUUUGGCCCUCUUGAUGGUGCUUAACGUCCUUGGUGUGCUUCUCAAGGAGACAGACACAUUCAGAGGGUUUCCCAUCUCUGAGCUUUAUGCAGUGAAAAAACCUGGUUCUGAGAACAAAGAUGCCAGUGAUACUGAUGAGGACGAUGAUGAGGGUGAUGAAGAAGGUGUGAAUAAUGAUCAGGAUGAUGGUGGAGGUGAGGAUGAUGAUGAUGCUGGGGAAGAAGGUGAAGAAGAAGGAGAUCCAGAGGAUGAGCCUGAGGCAAAUGGUGGUGGUGGAAGUGAUGACGAUGAUGAGGAUGACGAUGAUGAUGACGAUGAUGAUGAUGAUGAUGACGACGAUGGGGAAGAAGAUGAGGAAGAAGAGGAAGAGGAAGAAGAGGAGGAAGAGGUACCUCAGCCACCCGCAAAGAAGAGAAAAUAACUUGUCUGUUGGUUACUUUCUAUUUGCCUACGAUUUUGUUGCAAUGGAUCCUGGGUUAGUAGGCUUGUCUAUCCGCACAUAUAGGGUAGAAAUCUUUGCAAUACUCUUGUUCUUGAAGAUUUUAUAGCUUCUUAAUUUUAAAGCUUUAAUUAUUCCUAUUUA